CAGUGACAUAUUUUAAGAUCGAGCAGUGCUAGUUGCUUUCAGUUAAAACAGGUCAAACAUGCAUUUUAGUCUAGGACUAGUCUUAGGCCUUGGCCUGUGACCUCAGACCACAGGAAACAGCCUUAUUUGGAAGAAAAUAAAAUAGCCCUCUGUCUCGACUCUUCUCUUAACCAGUGUUUUAAUAAUAGCAUGGUGAUUUGAUGCUCACUCAGAAUCCUAACGAACAGUGCUUUUGUAUUUCUCUCAGUCUCUCACAUUUUAAAUGGUGUAGACCUUUUUCAUCCAGUCCACUUCUUUUCUAAUGAGUCUUCAUUAAGAAGGGCAAACUCAGGAACGUGAUGGGACCUCUACUACUUAAAUUGCUUUUACAAGCUGUUAUUCUGUCCGAUGCUUUGGCAUGGAGAGUGACAAUGCCAAAAAGCAUUCGUGGCCUCCAAGGUUCCUGUCUGGUUAUACCAUGUUCUUUCUCUUACUAUUCAUACCCACCCGAAAACCCACGUAGAGUUGUGUGGUAUCAGUGGGUCUCUAGAGGUUAUCCUUUAGUUUAUGAUCCAUGGUAUCCAAAUCAUGUCAUUGAUAAGUUUAAACGAAAAACUUCUUUAUAUGGAAACCCAUCAAAUUGGGAUUGCAGUCUGCUGAUUACAAACCUGGAACAGUCUCACCAUGGAGAGAAAAUAUAUGCAUGGAUUGACCCUGAAAAUGUUGGGUGGCGCACCUACGCAUUUUAUGAUGUCACCUCUACAAUCCUUGUCGAUGCAAGUCCACAGCCACCCAGCAUUAUUAUUUAUGGAGGUGACAGGACGGGUGACACCAUCACAGUAGCAUGUUCGACUUUCCACUCGUGUCCAUACAGCAAACCAAACAUCAUUCUGAAGGGUAUAGAAGGAUCUGACCAAAUAAAUGAUGAGGACAUUAAUGAUGGCCUGUGGAAAAUCACUCUGACACGCACAGGUGUCGUAAAGGCAGAAAGUUCAACUAUUGAGUGUUCUGUAACACAUCAUGGUGUUGAAACAGUGACAAUUAAAAAGGACAAAAGCGCACAAUGUGUUCAUCAUAAAAUAACGAUUGAUCCUGAACUGGCAGAUGUCACUGAGGGCGUUGCAAAGAACUUCACUUGUUCCGUCUAUCACUCCUGCCAGAAAGAGACUCCAACCAUCACGUGGAACUAUGAGAACAUGCAGGUCUCAACAAGGAGCAAAACACUUUCCGGUUUAAAUAAGGUCAGCUAUUCCAACAUAACCUUUCUGGGUUCAAAAGAAGACCAUGGAAAGAAAUUGAUAUGUACUGCAAAAUUUUCUGGAGGAAACAUCGAAGCUUCUGUUGCACUACAUGUACGCCCGUAUCAAAAACCAGCGAGUCCAAUCCAGAAUGAAACUUAUUUUCAGUAUGAGGCAGAUGUGAUACCCAAGAUCACUGCGUUGCCUCGUUCCUGUGUGGUAAUACCGUGCAGUUUCAAGAUGGAAGAAGAAUAUGCCACUCGACUUCGUGUUCUUUGGGUCACCAAAAAAGGUGGCUACAUGUUCCACACAGACUCACAUGACGUCUUAGACAACUUUAAAGGCCGCACAAGGCUUCUUGGAAACCCAGAUGAGCAGAACUGUACUGUGGAGAUGGAUAAUGUGCAAACUCAUGAUAAUGGGCCAUUCUGCUUUAAAGCAGAAAAAGAAAAUGAGAAAUACAGUUUCAACAACAGCUGUGUGUUCAUUAUAAUGCAAGCAUCUGACAAACCUGUGAUGUCGUCCCUCCCUGAAGACAUCGAGCCCGGGACACGCAUCACCGUCAAAUGUUCAGUCAACCACACAUGCUCCUCUCACCCUCCCAAAAUUACCUGGAGUGUCCCAACAGCCCGAGAAACUAUCAUUCACAAUCACAUGGGUGGAGGCGUCUGGGAAACAGUGUCCACUGUAAUCUUCAUUCCAACUGGAUAUGAAGAAAAAGAUGAAAUUGUCUGCAGUGCCAACUUUUGGGGUGGUAAAACUCAACAGAACAAUACUGCCUUCCUGAGUGUUAAGAGCGUUCAAGACAUUGGAUUUGGGCCUUAUAUCAUUGCUUCUUCACUUGUGUUCAUCCUUAUUUGCAUACUUGCUGGAGUCUUCAUAUAUAAAAGGCAACACAGACAACCUCUUCGUGAUAUGCAAGGGUCACGAUCUGAGCUAAGGAGAUCAGUUUGGAACAGAUUCACAAGUCAUUUUAAUAUGCCUGAAGGAAGAGCAGCUUGGAAUAACAGGGGAAACAGGAGCGAUAUCAGGUACACUGAAAAUGCUCCUGAAAGACCACCGAAGCCUGAACAAAGACGGAGCAUCUGGAGCCGAUUUUCUAGAAACCAAUCACCCAGAACCAAUGCAAAUCUGAGAGCUGAAUACAUGGCAAACAACACAUGUACAGUGUCAGGAAACAAACCUUUCUCCAAACCUCAUAUGCCAUCACCAAAGAGUGAGCCAAAACUCUACCGUGGUUAUGAUUAUGAUGCUGAUAACACCAACCUAUAUGGAAAUGUCUGAUGAAAAUGGGCUGUAUCCUAGAACAUGUGCUCUGAAUUUCAGUCCAGUUCGUAUUAUUUCCCCAUCCUGUUCCACCUAUUUUCUCUCUCAAUCUGUUUAAUAUUGUUUUUUUAAAUCACAACAAUGUAAAACUGAUAUGAAAAACAAACAAAAAAGCUUCUGAAUAUAAAAAAAGCUAUAAUCUUAUGCUGCGUGAAGAGUGUAAUGAAAAAAAUAUUAAAUACAUAAAGUUUCUGAGUCUGUAGUUUGCAUUGACUUUAACAUGCUUUUACGCCUUCAUACAUCAUUCUGUAGGUGAGUCUCUCUUGGCAUUCCAACUACCAUAAAAAAAAGAAAAAAGAAAAAAAAAAAAUCGUAAUCAAUCCACAAAUCAUAUACCUUGUGUUUUAAAGUCAAAUAAAUGUUUUUGUGAAAUGUAUUAGUUGACAAUUAUGCCUGUGCUAUCUUUAAAAUAAUGAAAAAUGCAUGUGGCUUAAGCGUUCACAGUAUUUUUUUGUCUCAGAUCUUGAUUGUAUACACUUAUUAUUCCCAUAUUUGUCUGCUAGAAAUUCAAGUAGUUACGAUAUCUAAAGAGAAAUUUCCAUUGUUAGGAUGUGCUUGACAAAACAUUGUAUUGCCUGCUAUCAACAUUUCAUCUGCUUCAUGUGCAAUAAAGUUUAAAAAAACAAACAAAACAAAAAAACUAGGGAUGUCAAGGUUUUUUUUUUCUUUUUUCUUUUUUUCUUCAGAUCCAGUCUGUCAAUUAAUAUUAAACAUCUGCUGAUACCAAGUUGAAUUGAGUUGAUCUGAUGACAGCUAGUUUAGAGAGGGAGUGAAGGAUAAUGUAUGUCUUUUUGAUAAAAUAUGUUAUUAAAGGAG